GCGGGGCCUGGUUCACCGGGAGACGGCUUUUGGGGCGGGCCCAGAUCACCUUGGAAACGAGGCGUGGCCAGCGGGCACUGACCUGACGACAAAAGGCUCUGGUGGGUCUCCCCGCCCACGUACUCCUCCUCCUCCCCACCACAACAAACCGACACCGACCGCAGUUAAAUACGAGACGUCACCUUCAUAAAAUCAAUCACCGCACAAUCCUCCGCUGUCCACCGUUUUAUUUAACCGACGCUUUUACACCGGGCCCGCCCGCGCACCCUCCCUCACACACACACCUUCUUCUGCCGAACAACUCGAGUCGAUUUCUUUUUUGAAAAACCGCCGAACAGCUCGCUGUCGUCACCAAAUUGAACCUUCCGGGAGGAAAAAAAUAACCUCGACUGGAGUUCCGCGGGAGGAUCUUAUUUCGCGGCCCCACUCCCUCCCUCGAGAGACCAGACUGUUUCCUGUCAGUGUUUGUUUAUUUACCCCUCCCACCCCAACCCACGGCUAUUUAUUGCGGCUGAAGCGAUUUGCAGAACAUCGAAGGCAGCUUUCAAGACGAAUCUAAUUCUUCGGAAUCUUUUUCAGGUCUCCCAUUCAAGACAGUUGCAAUCAUUUCAUUGUGGAGCAAUUCUAGGACUGCCACAUCUUUGGAGUACAAGUCAAAAGGCCUCACAAUUUAGACACAUAAUUUAAACAUUGACAAGUCUGUUAAACUGGUAUCCUGAUGAAUUAUACAAUUACAAAAACAUGGGAUAGUUCACCAGUGACUCACCGGGGGAUAUCACUGUCACUUAAACCUGAUGAAGAAGGUUUGCUGAUGGAGGUGGAGGGGCCUUUCUUCAAUGAUCCUUCAGCACCACCUGGUAAAAGAGGAAAACCCUACAAUCAGUUAUGGGAUUUUGAAGUUGUAGAAGCAUUUUUCUUGAAUAGCAGCAAAGAACUGUACCUUGAAGUGGAACUCUGUCCACAUGGACAACAUUUAGUACUAUUGCUUGCUGGUAAAGGAAAAGCAUGGAAGAAAGAACUGGAUUUAAAAUAUGACUGUACAAUUCAUGAAGAAAACUGGGAAGGCAAAGCACUUCUCCCAUGGAACUAUUUUCCUCCUGAUAUUAACAAAUUCAAUGCCUAUGCAAUUCAUGGCUCUGGUGAUAAACGAGUUUACGAGGCUCUGUACCCCAUACCUAAAGAACAAUUGAAGAAGGGACAACAGCCUGACUUUCAUCGCUUGGAAUAUUUCAAGGAUUUCAGCUUGAAUUCAAUGAUGGGAAAACAAUGGAAGCAACCCCAGUCUGAAUUGUGGAAAUCUGUCCAUGGGACCAAGAAGUGAUACUACCUGAGUUACUGAGAAUUUCAGACAAUCUUCUGAAUAGAAAUUUGGGAAAUAAUGUCACUGGAAACAAUUUCCUACAAAAGAUGUUUGUUUCAGCUGGCUGAAGCCAACACAACACUAACUGAGUGUUGUAAAAAAAGCAAGCCCCUCAUCGUUAACGAUUGUCAUACAGGACAGAAUAUGCUAUGACAAGGAGGAUGAACAGUGAACAUGUGAAGUACAAAUCAAUGUUAAACAACCAAGUGAUUAAAAAUACGAUAUUUAGUUAAGUUAUAACAUUUAAUUAAUAUGUAACAGACUGCCAGCAGUGUUAAA